AUGCAUGAUCCCCACAACCCACAAAACGAAGAACUGCCGAUGAACAGAAGCAAAUAUCACCUCACCAGAAUGAUUGACACUACAUUAAAGAUUCAAAUAGUUGUCCUCCUUUUAUCACUAAUACUGGUGGACCCAGUGUUUGGAUUCACGAUAGGCCACCAUUGGUCCAUUUCUGUCAGGCAUUGCACUGCUCCGAAAUGCCCAUUGCCAUUCGCAUUCGUGUUGCCCAUGUCUCCUGCUCAACAACAACAACAAGAGUUGGAUGGUGAGGAAAACCUCAAGGCUCUUUUUGAGCGUGCCGUUGUUUUGCAACGCACGGGUGGAACGGAAAAUCUGGAAGAGGCCUUGAAAUCGUACGUACGAUUCAUCAAGGCCGCCAAAUCCACCAACCAAGAUCCCAAAAUGUAUGCCGAAGUCUAUGUCAACAUGGGCGCCAUUUAUUUGAAAGAAACACCAUUGAAGGACCGACAAAUGGCCAUGGACUGUUUCCUACAAGCUAUCCAAUACCGUAAAGUGGGAACUGCCUAUGUCAAUUUGGCUUUGUUGACCUUGCAAGAAGGAUCCCAGAGUCGUGAUGCUCAAGUGGGCAUGAAAGCCUUGGAUGGUGCCAAAGAGUUUUGCGAAAAGGCACUAGAGCUAAAUCAAGAUCCACGAUCGGUGGCCAUGGCUCAAAAAUUGUUGCAAGAUAUACAAAAAAUGAAUCAGCAAAUGGGACGAUGA